GUAUUCAUUUGGUAACUGUAAAAAGUAUAAAGUUCCUAUAAAGCAAUGCCCGAUUCGCUGGAACUCGUCUGAACUGCGGAAUCCUUCGUCAUUUCAUUGACAACCGGAGGAAAAAUCUCACUCAGAACCGCUUGUGCUCGCCGCUGUUCAAACCUUUGGCUGUUGGGAGGUCAACAAGUUCCUUUCCUCCCGUUCAUUCGUUUUCCGAAGGACUACGAUCUCAGAAUCUCUGCGACUUGUAUCAGACCCGCUGUUUCUUUUCUUAAUAGCAAUUUCUGUACUUUCUGUUGAAUUGAAUAGUGAAGAUUGUUAGCGUGAUUAAUACCUGGCAUUUUGAAAAUGUCGGCUUUGUUCAAUUUUCAUUCGUUUCUGACAGUAAUCCUAUUGGGAAUUUGUACCUGUACCUAUGUGAAGAUGCAGUUUCCUGCUAUUCUUGAACAGAGAAAUGGGUUCCGUGGCUUCUUUUGGAAAGCAGCAAGAAUUGGUGAACGUUUGAGUCCUUGGGUAGCUGUGGGAUGCUUCUCAAUGGGAGUCUCAAUAAUAUUCUUCUGAGCUAUGCCUAUAUUCCCUGUUUUGUGGUUUAUUUAGCAUGUGUGUGCCUUACAGUCUUAUUUUAGUAAGAGGGUCUUUGAAGUUAGAUUUCUGUAGUCACAUGGUUGAAAGCUAUUUAAAUCCAUUUAUAAACACACGAGCAUUCCAUUACAAGUUGCUUUGCUUGC